UGUAUUCGAAGUGUGUGCGCUUAUUUCGGACCUGCAAUCGUUAAAUUAUUGGGUUAUCGUCGUCUUAUCUAUGUGACGAAAAUCGAAACAACUCGUACACGAAUAUAAACGUGUUUCGGGCUAAAUUCUGUGAUUAUACGACGACUUUUUUUGGCUUAUCUUCUUCAAUUUUGUUUUUGCUUUUUUAUGUUAAUUCCCAGCCCCGUUGAGGGUAGUCGGCAUAGUCGGUGUUAUAAAUAACGCCGAAUAGAAAUUCGCUUUAUCGGACAUUCGGCAACAGUGUCAUAUAAUCAUAGUAGUUAUUAGAUGGCAAUAACUUUGCGCUUGCUGAUACGCUUGCAUCGAUAAGUCUAUAAAAGGCGCUGCCAUACUGGCCACAAAAUUAGUUAACCGAUUCCAAUAUUGUGGGUUAUACGUGUCGGGUAAAACCCAUCGAUCAUGAGACUGACCGCAACAGGAGUAGCGCUGCUACUUCUGGUAUUCUAUACCAAUAAUCCAAGUGAUGCUUGGACACACAGUUGGCACACGGGUCCAAUCAACUGUUACAACUGCUCGAGUACAGAGGAGUGCGCUGCGAGCGCAGGGGCGUUAAGGAAAUGUGCGAAUAAUGAUGCCCAGAGUUGUGUGGCAGUGUUUCAGAAUAACGUUGUCAUCGAACGUGGAUGCAGCGACAACCUCGAAGAGACCUGCGCCUCAGAAGGAAAUUCAUGCUAUGAAUGCCGGUCACAUGGUUGCAACGAUAUCAAGGUUGACACCAAUUUGAUCGAUUGCUUGCUCUGCGAUGCUGACACCGAUGAGAACUGUGUCUUCGACCACGAACUGGUCACGGAUACACGCCGGUGCAAUGAGCAGUGUAUCACUGCUCUCUACCCACGCACUAGCGAUGUGGGUGCUCCCUUGGAGCUGGUGCGCACUUGUCUCGAUGAUCUGGACUACGAUGAUCGCCAGUCUUGCGCUGCUGGUACAUUGGAGAACUGUGUCGCAUGCAGCAGCAAUAAGUGUAACACGGCUGAUAUCGGAGUACGUGGUACCUGCAACUUUUGCACCAACGGCAACUGCAAUAGUCUACAGUCGAAAACAUGCCGCGCUGUGCCAGCCAAUGACGAGAGAGAACAAUGUUACAUUGAAGUGGAUGAGUCGGGUAAUAUCUCCGACUUGGGCUGCCUGAGUCAAUACAAUGUCAGCGAUGCUAGUGUACUGCAAGGCGAGAAGCGUAUCUGGACUUGCACUGGCGAGAAUUGCAAUGUGGUCUCUGCCCUGCCCACGCCCAAGACCUGCGUUCUCUGCAGCUCUCGCACUGCCGCCGAUUGUGCUGUUGCCCCAAAUCUGCUGGGCAGUGCUACGGAAUGCUCGCAUCCCUUGAACAGCGAUUGUUAUUCGCUGCUGCGUGAUGAUGGACACACGGAACGAGGUUGUGCCACAACGCUGGAUUCGGAGGAUUACCUUGGGUGCCAAAGUGGCAGUAAUUCCACUAAGUGCACUACGUGCAACGGAGACAAUUGCAACGUAAAUAUUCAACCUGCUGAGCGUUUGAGCUGUCAUGUCUGCAACUCCGCCGAAGAUGACAAUUGCGAAACUUCACCCGAUGCUUCCGCUCUCUGUGUGAUACAUCGUGUUGGACAACAGUGCGUGAGCAGCCUCGAUCUGGAUGGCAACACCGUGCGCGGCUGUGGCGAUAGCUUGAGCUGUGUAUCGACCGAUUCGCAGAGUUGCCAACUCUGUUUGGGCGAGAACUGCAACACGGUGAAUCUGCAGCGACGCAGCGAUGGUCAGCCUGGUGGUUGGGGACAAGAGUUGCCACUGAGCUGUCUUAGCUGCAACGACACCACAGCCUGUGCUGCGAACUCGAUUGAUUCGGUUGCCUGUGCUACCAACUCGGAAUAUUGUGUGACUGUCUUUAGUGCAGCAGGUGAAGUACAGAGCCGUGGCUGCAGCGAUGUGGUAGAGGCGGCUUUCAGUGCUUACUGCGAUGCCAAUGAUGCCAACUGCCAUAACUGCAACUCGAACAGUUGCAACAAUGCCACCAGCAUCGAUAGCUACACUCAGUGCGUCUAUUGCGAGUCGAGUGUCGAUAGCAACUGCAUUGCCGAUGCUCAGUUGGUGACCAAAAGACGUCAGUGCAAUGGCAAGUGCAUGACGGCCUUCAAGCCAGUGACUGGAACUGAUGGCUAUGAUCUGGUGCGUGGCUGUCUCGAUGACAAGGAUCCUGAGGAUCAGGAACUCUGUGCUGCUGGCAGUGAUAAUAAUUGCGUGGCCUGUGAUGGCGAUGCCUGUAAUGUGGCUGAGAUCGAGGUGGAAAGACUCAGUUGUUACGUAUGCAAUGAUGAAGACAGUUGUACGGAUCCCGAUCAGGCUGUGUGUCUUAACUAUAGUCCUUCGGAUCGCUGUUACAUGCUCUUCGAUGACACUGCCUCUGUUACUGCGAUGGGUUGUCGCUCGGAUCUCGACGCCGACUAUAUUGAAGAUAACUUCGUUUCCUUAUACUUCUGUGAGGGCAAUGGAUGCAAUUUCUUCACCAACAUUCCCCAGCCCAACAUUUGCAAGGUCUGCUCUUCAUUUGACGAUGAAAACUGUGCCGUCGAUCCCAGCAAGAUGACUGAAUACGAGAACUGCAAUGUGGUGCCCAACACUGGUUGUGUGACACGCGUACUUACUGACGGCUCCACGGCGCGUGGCUGCGUCAGCAACUUGGCCACCACUGCACAGAAGGCCUGCCUCCGAGACGAGGGCGACUGCGAAGUGUGCGAGGGCGAGAUGUGCAACGCAAACAUUUAUCCCGAGGACCGACGAAGCUGCCAUCGCUGCAACUCCCUGGAUGAUCCCAGUUGCGGAUCAUCGCCCAGUUUCACCAGCGUGUGUCCACGCUACGAUCAAUCGCAGGGUUGCAGCAGCAAGAUUGUGAAUGGCUACACAUACCGUGGCUGCCAAACCGAAUUCACCUGCAACGACUCCGACAAACAAUACUGCCGUCUCUGCUCCGGUAGCGAUAACUGCAAUGUGGUCGAUCUCGAUGAUCUGGUCAUUGGUUACCCCGGCAAAUGGACAACGCCACCAAUCAACUGCUACACUUGCGAGGGAUUUGCUUGCCAAGGCACAAGUCUGGGAGCUCUACAGAAGUGCGCCAACAAUGACCAGCAGAACUGUGCCACAGUCUUUGCCACAAAUGGAUCUGUGGUGCUGCGUGGCUGCACCGAUCAACUGUAUGCCGAUGAGGAAAACACGCAAUACUGUGAUGCGAAUGGCGCCAACUGCAAGUUCUGCAAGUCCACGGGUUGCAACAAUGCCCGAUCUCUUGACACCUAUGUGAACUGUGUGCUCUGCGAUGGUUCCGAGCAGGCGGCAUGUGUGCGCAGCAUUGGCGACAUCACACGGCAAACUUCCUGCCAGGGCAGCUGUUUCACUGGUCUCUAUCCGAGAUCGCGAAGCGUGGAGGAUUCUCCAUUCGAGCUGGCACGCGGUUGUCUCGAUGAUCUGGAAUACGAUGAUCGUGAGGCUUGUGCUGCUGGCACUCUGGAGAAUUGUGUGGCAUGCACGGGCGCUGCUUGCAACACAGAUGAUGUACCUGAGCAGCGACUCAGCUGCAAUUACUGCGCGGAUGAGAGUUGUGCCGAGCUCACUGCUUUGAUUUGCACUGCGUAUAGGGAGAAUGAUCAGUGCUACAUUCAUGUAGGCGACCUGAAGAUCGAGAGCGCGGGUUGUGCCAGCGAUUUAGAGCGCACUUUCCUGACGGAGAAUCGACGUGAUUUGUAUUUGUGCAGCGGCGACAAUUGCAACACGAAGGACGUGCUCAACGAAGUUGGCGUUUCUUGUGCCCUCUGCAACUCGACAGCAGAAUCAGGCUGCAUUGCGGGUGAAUCAAUUUUAGCCCCAGUUUGUCAGCAUUACUUGUAUCCACAGUGUUACACGCACAUCACAGAGGAUGGCGUUGUGCAGCGUGGCUGUCUCAUGGACACCGAUGAUGAGCUUUUUGAUGACUGCUUGAGUGGCACCAGCGACACUUGCAGCACCUGCGACUCGAACAACUGCAACACGCAACUGUAUCCCGCCGACUGGCAGAGCUGCUUGCGCUGCGACUCCAACAGCGAUGCCAACUGCGAGAAGCAACCGGCGAGCUAUGCCGAAUACUGCUCCGUCUACCAGGCCGAAGAGGGUUGUGUUACCAGCUUGGAGAAUGGACGCACGCGUCGUGGCUGCCAAUCGGAAUUGUCUUGCGAUGUGAGUCAGCCGGGCAAUUGUCGCUUCUGUGAGAACAACAAUUGCAACUCGAUCAAUCUGGCUGCCAGCUAUGUCGGCGAACCUGGCAAGUGGCAAGAUCUGCCACUCAGCUGCCAUGUGUGCACGGAUGCGGCAAGUUGUGCUACUCUGGGCACUCCAAGCACCUGCGAGGGCAAUAACAAACAGACCUGCAGCACAGUCUUCAAUGAGGCAGGCGUUGUUGUGGCACGUGGCUGCAGCGACUCGGUGCUCACCGAUCAUGCCACUUACUGCGAGGCCAACGAUGCCAGCUGCUUGCAGUGUAAGUCGAAUGGCUGCAACAAUGCUCAAAGCUUGGAUGCGUACAUCGAAUGCUAUCACUGCGAUGCUGAGACCGAUGAGGAGUGCGCCUGGGAGACGCCCCAGAAGACGCGACAGUGUCAGGGUCAGUGCAUGACGGGUCUGUAUCCACGCAGCUCUGCCUGGGACUCGGCUCUGCUGCCCACACGCGGCUGUCUUGAUGAUCUCGAGGAAGCUGAUCGUGAACUCUGCUCGGCUGGCAAUCAUGCCAAUUGCACUGCCUGCUCCACAGCACUUUGCAACACAGCCAACGUGAUUGCCACCGCACAGGAGUGCUACAAGUGCACCUCGAACGAUUGUGCAGACAUGAGUUCUGGUAAAUGUGUCGCUUAUAGGGAGCACCAUCAAUGUUACACAGCUUUUGAUACAAACGACAUCAUUGCCAUGGGUUGUGCCAGUGACUUUGAGACACAGGUCGUCGCUGAGUUGGUGGCUCAACAGCGUCUCCUCGUCUGCGAUGGACAGAACUGCAACAAUCCCUCGAUUGCCAUACCCGAACCCAACACCUGUCUGCAAUGCAGUUCGCUCAACGACACUCGCUGUGCCACGAAUCCCAAUCAACUACUCACCACCGACAUCUGCUCCCAACUGCCUUACACGCAGUGUAUCACCCACAUUGAUGCUGCUGGCGUGACAACACGUGGCUGCCUGGCCACCGUGGCUGGUGAUGAUUUCUCCAGCUGCUUGGCAGGAACUUCCGACCGCUGCGACAUCUGCACGGGCAGCAACUGCAACGGACUGAGCGUCUUCCCAGCGAAUCGUCGUCGCUGCUAUCAAUGCGACUCGUCGUCCACGCCAGCUUGCGCCAGUGCUCCGAGCAGCAGCACCGUGUGUCCCAUAUACGAUGCCGAAGAUAGCUGUGUUACUACGCUGAUCAAUGAUGUCACCUAUCGCGGCUGCAGCUCCAGUUUGAGCUGCUCCGAUCCCAGCGAUGCGACCACCUGUCGUAUUUGCAGCGAUGCCGAUGGUUGCAACACCGUCGAUCUGGAGCGCCUCCACACGCAUGGCAAUCCUGGCGUUUGGCAAGAGACUCCCAUUCAGUGCUUGGCCUGUUCUAGUGCCGAGGGAUGCAGCAACGGCGGAGGAGUGCUGGAGACGUGCGUGGGCCUGGAUAAUUGUGUGACUGUGUUUGAUGCCAGCGAUGCGGUCACUUCGCGCAGCUGUUAUUCCAAUCUCGAUGCUACUUCCACCAGCUAUUGCGAUGCACAGCCCGAGAAUUGUCCACGCUGCAACUCUAACGGCUGCAACGUGGCUGACUCCCUAGAGAGCUAUGUGGAGUGUCUUGUCUGCGACUCGACCUCGAAUGCUGAUUGUGUGAACGAUGUGAGUGCUGUGACGAAGACACGACAGUGCUACAAGGGAUGUCUGACUGCCUUCCGACCACUGUUCAACGAGUCCUCAGAUCCCAGUUAUGCGUUGGUGCGCAAUUGCCAGGACGACAAAGAGGCAGAGGAUAGCGCCUCAUGCGGCACAGCUGACAAUCAAUUGUGCACUGUUUGCAACGAUGCCAAGUGCAACACGGCUGAUCUAGUUGACAGCAGACUGAGCUGCUUGAGUUGCCAGGGCGAUGGCUGCCAAAAUCCCCAGCCAGCUAGUUGCGCCACCUAUCGGUCGGCAGAUGCAUGCUACAUUCAGUUCGAUGAGACGCGCUCGGUUGUCGCUCAGGGCUGCCUCAGUGAGUUCAGCAAUGCAGACAUUUAUUUGCUGAGACUCCGCCAGCGUCUGAUCAGCUGUGAGAACAACAAUUGCAACACCCUUGAAUCGCUGCCCGAUCCUCAGAGUUGUGUGCUGUGCAGCUCUCGCACCGAUAACAAUUGUGCCGUGACUCCUGCCAGUGUGACAAGUGCCACAACUUGCUCUCAGCUUGGUCUUACGCAGUGUUAUACCCGGGUGCUCUCCGAUGGCUCCACGGAGCGUGGUUGCCUCUCGAGUCUGGAGGAUGAACAGUUUCUGGGCUGCUACAAUGGCACAGCCAACGAUUGCAGCUCUUGCGUGGGCAACUCUUGCAACAAUCAGGUGUAUCCAAGCGAUCGCCGCUCGUGCCACAUUUGCAACUCGGAGAGCGACGGCAACUGCGAGUCGACACCCAACAGUCUCGCUUUGUGCCCCCUUUAUGCCGAAAACGACCAAUGUGUGACCAAUUUGCGCAAUGGCAUUACUUACAGAAGCUGUGGCAGCUCGCUCACUUGUGAACCCAACAGCAAGAGCUGUGUAUACUGCGAAGGCGAUGGCUGCAACGUGGCCGAUCUCUCUGCGUCGGAUGAUGACAAUCACGGCAAGUGGCAAGAUCUGCCACUCAGUUGUCUUACCUGCCAGGAUGCAACCUGCCAGCAGACAACAAUCGAGAGUGCACGCUGUGCGGACAACAACGAACAGGAUUGUGUCACCGUCUUUAACGAAGCCGGAGUUGUGGUGCGACGAGGCUGCGAGGAUGCCGUCGAACAGGAUGAAGAGCUGGCCAGCUAUUGCGGCACCAAUGCCGCAAACUGUCCUAUCUGCAAGUCGAGUGACUGCAACAAUGCCACAGCCUUGACGCAGUACAACAGUUGCAUCUACUGUGAUUCGUACAAGGAUUUGACUUGUCUCUGGGACGCCACAAACACGAGGCACAAGCGUCGUCAGUGCCAAGGCGAUUGUAUGACUGCGCUGCACGGUGCCGAGGAUUCGGGCUACGAUCUGAUACGCACUUGCCUGGACGACAAGGAGCCGGCGGAUCAGCUUACCUGUCAAGCUGGUACUGAUGCCACUUGCGCCGCUUGUACUGGAGAAGCUUGCAACGUGGUGACUUUGCCAGCGGAACGCACGAGCUGUUAUCAUUGUGGUGACGAUGUUGAUUGCGAGGAUCCUGUGACAAGAUUGUGCGACAUUUACAAACCCAACGACAGCUGCUACUUGUGGGUGGACAAUGACAACGAUAUCAGGCAAUUGGGUUGUGUGAGCUCGUUCCGCAAUCAGGAUGUGGAAACAUUGAUCAAGACAAAGCGCGUUCAAGUCUGCGAGGGCAACAACUGCAACACGCCUCAGCUACAGUCGCCUGUUAGGUGCGCCGUGUGCAACUCACGUACCAAUGCCUCUUGUGCCACAACUCCGCUGGCCGUGGACAACUUUGAGGUGUGCAGCCAGUUCCCUUACACACACUGUGUCACCCAACUGGAUGAUGAAGGUGCCACCAUUCGCGGCUGCCUCUUUGAUUUGCCACAAACCGAUUUUGCCAACUGCCUUCUGGGCAACGAUCCCAACUGCGAAAUUUGCUCUGAGGACGGCUGCAAUCGUGAGAUCUUCCCUGCUGAUCGCCAACGCUGCUAUACCUGCAGCUCUGCGGACGACAGCAGUUGCGAGUCAGACCCCAGCCGCAGCUCAGCCUGUCCCUGGGUCAGUCAGUGGGAGACGUGCCAGACCAAUCUGCAGAACAAUGUGACUACUCGAGGCUGCAGCAGCAUCAUACUCUGCGACAACGAUGACUAUCGUAACUGCCGCAGUUGUGUGGGCAGCGAGUGCAACUCGAUUGAUCUGGCUAAUCAUGUGGAUGAUGGACAGCACGGACUCUUCCAGGCGCUGCCGCUCAAGUGUCACACAUGCGAGGGCGACCAUUGCCACAACUCCCUGGGACCGGCUACUGAGUGUACACGCAAUGUGGAACAGGACUGCAAGACGGUCUUCGAGGAGGAUGGCGAGACAGUUCGUCGUCGUGGCUGUUCCGACGAUGUGGAUAACUACGAGGAUCGCUAUUGUCGCCAGCACCCGGAGCUGUGCUUCACGUGCAAGUCGAACGAGUGCAACGAUGCCUGGCAAGUCUCCGAGUACACCAGUUGUCUGUACUGCAACUCAGAGUCCGAAGACGAGUGCGUCACGUAUCCGCAGAGCACUGAGGUUGCCACACGCCAGUGCAAGGGCAAAUGUCUGGUUGCCUUGCUGGAGAACAAGCAGCUGUUGCGUAGUUGUGUGGACGAUAAGGAGGCCUUCGAUCGUGCUGCCUGCAGCAGCGAUGAGAGCGGCACCAACUGUGCCACCUGCGAGGAUGGCAGGUGCAACACUUUCUCCUUCCCAGCGGAUCGCCUGAGCUGUCACGUCUGCACGGGCACAGGCUGCACCUCGAGUCGCACAUCCGCUUGUCUGGCCUACGAUGAGAAUGACUUCUGUUUCGCCAAGUACAACGAUGGCGCCGUUGAGUUGAUGGGUUGCGCUAGCAGCCAGAAUGAGACCGAUUUGGAGCAGUGGCGUCUGACGAAUGUGCUCUACGAGUGCGAGAGCGCCGAUUGCAAUGAUCUCACUCGCCUGCCAGCGAGUGGCGAGUGCAUUGCCUGCGACUCCAGCCGAACGCCCAACUGUGCUCAGUCGCCUAGUGAUGUGGAGACCACUGUUACCUGCCACGCCCCCUUGUCCGAUUGUGUGACACGGCUGGAGAAUGGUAACACCAUUCGUGGUUGCCUCAGCAGCUUGAGCACUACCGAUGGUAAUGCUUGUGUCGCCAAUGGCACUUGUGCCUCUUGUGCUGGUGGCAAGUGCAACGUGGAGGUAUUCCCCGCUAAUCGUCGCAGGUGUCACAUCUGUAACUCGGUGGCCAACUCCAAUUGCGCCGAUGAUCCCAACAGUCUGGCCAUUUGUCCCGUCUAUGCUGCCGACGACACUUGUGUCGCCACCUUGGGCUCGGACUCAUACCUGCAACGCGGUUGUGGUAGUCAGCUGGAGUGCGAGGUCGAUGAUGAGGAUCAUUGCCAGGUGUGCAGCACGGAUGGCUGCAACACGAACAAGUUGAACGGAGCUGCCACGAUCGGUGGCAUUGGCCUCGUCCUCACGCUCGUUGUGUCGCUCAUCGUCAGCAACUUCCACUGAUCGCUGAUCGCUAAACCCUGAUUCGCCAUAGCUUGUAUAGUAGUUAAAGCCAUAGAUGUAUAUAUGAUAUCCCCUAAAACCCCGACAUCAAUUAAAUUAAAACGAAAGUAUUUUAAAAUA